UCUGUUUUGAAAACAUUUCUCUAUUCACAACAUAUGUGUAAGGCAUCUUGAAAGUUUUUGAAUUAAUCUGUACUAUUAUUUUAACCCAAUCAACCAUGCCUCAAGUAAUUGAAAACAAGUUAAAGUCCCUGGGCCAAAUUUGUGUAGACUGUAUUUCUGACAACAUGGAUAAAUUGUGUAAAAUAUGGACUUGCAAGCAGUCGGGUUAUGUCUUUGGUCCAGAAAUUAACAACAAUCCUUUUGAGUUAUUGCCUAUUGUGAAAUUGGAGGAAAUUAUCAAGAAUCUGAGCACUAAAGACAGAAUAAAGAAAGAAGUCUUUCACUUUCUUAUUGUUCCCCAACUUCGUGAUUUGAAUUUGAACUGCCUAGAAGAUAAGGAUGAAAGUUCUGAUCUUUUAAACCUUGCAUCAGUGAAAUGCCAUCAUUUGAAAAAGUUGAGCCUUAGCCGUCAUCAUAUCUCUGAAGACUUUAUUACAUACCUUCCUACAUUUGAAAAAUUGCAGGUGUUGGACAUACCAUAUUCUGCAGUAGGAGACCAUUGCUUGCAAAUCAUAGGGACAUCUUGUAAAGAACUAAAGGAGUUGAAUAUUUCCCACUGCAGUGGUGUAACAGAUUUGGGCAUCGAGGGAUUAUGUGUUCGUGUUAACCAUUCAGGAAGAACAAAUGAGAGACACGGAGAAUGCAAAAAAAUUUGCAAAUUGAGCACCGCUGGAACCCAAAUAACCAAACAAGGAGUUCAACUUGCGUUAUCAAAUUUACCUUCCUUAAAAGUAUGGAACGAGGUUUCCGUUCAACUUUUAUAUAAUAUCCACUAUAUCGAUUUUUUUACCAAAAAUCUGGAGGAUAUCCCAAAAUACUCGUUAAUCAACAUCUGCGUCAGUGAUUGGCGAUACGAUCCACUUAAUACGCCGUAUAUCCGUGAAAGCCUGAAUUUAAUAGUGUCCAUAUGCCCUUACAUAAUGGAGAUGAAGAUCAUGGCUGUAAGUGGGUUAAAAGACAGUGAUCUGCAAAGCUUAUUGUCCCUUGAAAGACUCUCUGAACUGCACAUAGGCGAAUUCGAAAAUGAAUGUGAGAUUACUUUUAAAGAUGGCAUUGCCCCCAUUCUAAAAGGAAUAGGAAGCUCACUGAAAACGCUUAGCCUCUCUCGUAUUCGAGGCAUCAAUAUUCAAGUCAUCAUGGAGCACUGCACCGGUUUACGCUCCUUGACACUUAAGUUUCAUUCCGACUGUGGGACGUUCUGGAAGGAAGAAGACACAACAAAGAAAGAAGACAAAAAACGAAUCAAGUUGGAUCAACGAGUACUGUGGCAACUUGAAAAAUUGAGUUUGUUUACAGGAUCAAAUGGUAGUUUUUAUUCUUGUCCCAUUGGGUCUAACAACCUUAUGUCACUUUUGGUAACGCCUACUUUAAGAUACAUUAGCAUUCACGACUGCACAACGCUGACGGAUUCGAUUUUGGAAGAGGCGGAGAAAUUUCACAACUUUCGGAAUCUUGAGUACCUGGAAUUGUAUGGUUGUCAUUCCGUGACGGAGUCUAGUAUUGAUUUGUUAAUGAAUGACAACAAUGCUCUUAAGCAAAUCGUUUUGCACCAUUGUAAACUGUUUACGCAGGAUGCUGUCGAUUGUUGGAAAGAUGAAAUUAAUGCAAAUAAUUGGUUCGUAUCCAUCGAUUAUUGGAAUUUCGAACCAGCCCCAGAGAAUAAUUCGUCAUCUUCACACAGUUCUGAAUGUGAAUAUGGAGAUUAUUAUUAUGAUAAUUGAUGAUUACUAUUAAUAUUCUAACAAGGACUUAACAUUACCUCAGCAAUAAUUUUCUCCUUCCCUUUGUUUUCCAAUAAACAAAAAAAUUAAAAAAAAAGU